GCCAGUCCGGCCAAGAAGUUUGAUCCGGACGCUCCAGACGAUUCCGCGGAGCCUUUUCAAAUCGAUGAUUUGGAUGCGGAUGAUGAUUUCUGGCAUGAGGCCACCAAGAAGGACCCAGACCGCGUCCCGGCUGUCAAUGAAGCCUGGGCAAAUGUCGAGAUCGUGACACUCAGUGUUGAGCCCGACGCAGAGCGCGACAUUCUGGAAUGGGAAGGGGUUGGCUGGAAAGCCACGAAGCCCCACGGCUACUACAAGGAUGCAGCAGCUGAGGGCGCCCUCAGCUAUCUCACUUGGGGGCACGGCACAGACUGGAAGUCCUUGCCCUACAUUCUCCGCGAAGGUUUGGUUCGCCCGCGUGGGAGAAGGGCAGCCAAGCAGUGGAUUCUUCACUCAGGCCCUCAACCAGGAGUGGUCUGA